AUGACGGGAGCGCGGCCGUUUGCGGUCGAGGAACGUGGGUCCCGGGAGCGUGGCGGCGGCGGCGGCGCGGGGGCAGCGGGCGGCAUGAGCGGGGCGGGGAGCGCGGGCCGUGCGCUGGCCGCGCUGCUGCUGGCCGCGUCCGUGUUGAGCGCCGCACUGCUGGCCCCCGGCGGCUCCCCGACGCCAGACUUAGGAAACAAAAGGCGCUUAGAGCUGAAGAUGGACCAGGCUUUGCUGCUCAUCCAUAAUGAACUGCCUGGGACAAACUUGACCGUCUACUGGAAUUUCGAUCGCUGUUAUCACUGCCUGCUCCAGGUCCUGGUCGACGUCUCCCAGAGCAGGAAACCCGGGGAGCCCAGCAUUGAGGCCGUGGCUGUGAGCACCCAGCACGGAUCCAUCCUGCAGCUUAAUGACACCGCGGAGGAGAAGCAAGUUUGUAGGCUGGAAUACAAAUUUGGAGAAUUUGGAAACUAUUCUCUCUUGGUAAAGCACACCCAUGAUGGAGUCAAUGAAAUUGCGUGUGACCUGGUCGUUAAUGAGAAGCCAGUUGACAGUAACCUUCCUGUGAGUAUCGCGUUCCUUGUCGGCCUGGUGCUCAUCAUUGUGGUGUCCUUUCUAAGGUUCUCGCUGAGCUUGGAAGACUUUCAUGAUUGGAUUUCUAAAGCCAUAAAUUCUCAGGAAACUGAUGGCCUCAUCAAUUCUGAGCUGGGGUCUCCGAGCAGGGCGGGCGACCCCCCACCAGAGGCCUGGCGUCAGUCGGCGACCCCCCUGCGCCUCCGCUGCGUGGACACGUUCCGCGGGAUCGCUCUCAUCCUCAUGGUCUUCGUAAACUACGGAGGUGGGAGAUACUGGUACUUCAAGCAUGCAAGUUGGAACGGACUGACGGUGGCUGACCUUGUGUUCCCGUGGUUUGUGUUUAUUAUGGGAUCUUCGAUCUUUCUGUCAAUGACUUCCGUUCUGCAGCGGGGAUGUUCCAAAUUCAGAUUGCUGGGGAAAAUUGCAUGGAGGAGUUUCCUGUUAAUCUGUAUAGGAAUUGUCAUCGUGAACCCCAAUUAUUGCCUUGGUCCACGCCUGGGAGGUGCCACCAAGUCCGCUCAAAGCCUUCUGUACAAAGGAGACCCUGGGGCUGGGAGAGUGAGGUUCUGUGUCCGUGUGUAGUGAAGGGCAGAGCAGGGGCCAGACCAGGCCACUGGUUCUCAGAGCCGCCCUCCUGCCGCUGUGGUUUCAUCAGCUUUCACAGUAAGGCUG